AUGUCAAUUUCAUGUUCUCGUAGUCUCGCAGACCUCCGCGCUGAGCAAGCAGAUAAUCUCGAUCGCCUUCGCUCAACUCUGGAAACUAUGAACUUAAAGGAUCUGGUACCAAUACUUGUGGCAAGGAAUGUGCUAAAGUCGUACGAGAUGGGCGCAGUAUAUGCUAAGGUAUUGUUCAGACACAUUCCAAUUGCGUAG